GAAGCCUCUCCUUACAAAUCACUAAAAAUAUACAAAGCCUUUCACCAAAAACAUUUCAACGCUCAUCCCAACUCUCUCCUUCUCUCUCUAGAUUUCAUCUCUGAUUCAUCGAUAAUGGAGAUAGUACCAAUUUUCCCCAAACUAGCUAUUAUCUUCCUCUUCGCUGCUUGUUUGAGCGUGCAUUCGAUUCAAGCCACCGACAUCAAAUACUGCAAUAAGAAAACUAAUUAUGUUGUUAAGGUCGAUGAUGUCGAGAUAUCUCCUUAUCCUGUGUCCACCGGGGAGCCUACCACCUUCACCAUCAAGGCUUCUACUGGUCAAGCCUUAACUGGAGGGAAAAUGGCUCUUGAUGUUUCGUAUUUUGGGGUGAAAGUCCACUCGGAAUCUCAUAGUAUUUGUGAGAAGACAUCCUGCCCUAUAUCAGUUGGCAAAUUUGUGCUCUCUCACACACAAACUUUACCAGGAAUCACCCCGCCAGUAAGUAAAAAUUAUAAUUGCAUAAGUAUUUUGCAAAUGUCCAGUUUUCGGCCUUGCCCAGGUGUUUAUGACUCACUUAAACUGCACUUUCCACCUUUUACAUUGCCAUUUGAUAUCUUCAGUCCAAACCAAAUUGUUUCAUGUUGAUAAGAAUUUUUUUUUUCUUGUAUGAUAUAUAAUGUUAGGAUCAUAUUUUAUGAUCGCUGAUCCUUGCAAUGAAGUAGCACGAAAUGUUAUGUUGUUGUAAAUACAUCCAUUAUGUAAAACAGGAGCCAGGCACCAUUAGUCUUCUUUUUGCAUUACAUUAAUUUAACAUAUAUGGAUGGCGGUAUCUGUUUGCAUGUGAUUUAGUACAUUUAUCAUGGCCUCCUUUGGUCCUUUGGAACUAGAUUUCUGUAGCUGCCACAACUAGUGAUUGUCUUGUAUUGUACCCCAUCUUUCCUGUGGUGAUUGAUCUAUCAAAGACUCCCUUCUCUUGUUAUGGUUUAUCGGUCCCUUGUUCUAGUGGAUAGAAGAUUUCCAUAAUUUGGAUUACUUACUGUGCCCCUUCAUAUUUAUCUUCUAUGCGCCAUAAAUCAUAAUUAGACACUUCAGGUGGCCACAUUUGCUCUGCAUCUUUCUUUUUCAAGAGCAAGUGUUCUUCUCAUGUUGGCAGUUAAAUUAAGGAAUCCUGUGUCUUAGAGUUGUUUCUCGAAUAACCAAAAAUAAUUAUCUGUUUACCUUGGGGAUGCAGUUUCACUCUGGUUUUGUCAUGGUAAUUUUAAAUUGCAAGGAAUGGAUCCACAAGUUGCACAUCUAAUACAUUUAGGAUUUUUUUAGUUCUCUAAAAUGAUGGAGAAGGAAAAAAGAGAGGAUAAAUAAAGGGAAAAUUGAUUUGCUCAUACUUGUUUUUUUUUCUUUGUAUGAAUAAAAUUUCAAAUUUUAAAUUUCCAUGAAAUGGUUAGAAAUCCAAGAAAACAAAAGGGAAAAUGACAUCUAAAAUUAGUGAAAAUUUCCUCACUUUUUCAUCAAAUUUUAUCCUCCCUAUUUCCCAUGGUACCAAACAGAGGAAAAUCACUAUGUUUGCACUGUCUUUCCUUUCUGUACUAUAUU